CCAUCCAUCCUCUCUCUCUCUCUCUCUCUUCUGCACCCCUCCCCUCUUUGUGCACUAAAACACAGCCCGCCUCAGCAUGGAGAAGGUGCAGCACAUAACGCGGGCGGCCAUUCGGCGAGCGUCCACCAUGGAGGUUCCCCAGCAGGCCAAGCAAAAAAUGCAGGAUCUCUUCGUCAACUUUUGCCUCAUCCUCAUCUGCCUCCUUCUCAUCUACAUCAUUUUCUUGUUAAUGUGAGCGGGAGGGGCCAUAGAUUUUCCUUGAAACAAUAAGGGUGAAGGACUGUACAGAGGGGCCAAUCAUGUUGUAAACAGCAUGAUCUUUGUCUAAAUUGUUUGUAAAUAACAUUAAGAGAAGUUAUCUAGCUUAUAGAUUGAGCAGAGUGGUUAAAAGCUGAUAAUAUUACAGUCAGAGAAAAAAAGUGGUCCAAAAUUGGUCCCUAUCUGUCACUGGGGGGUUACCCUUUUAAAAAAUACACCUUUGCACCUAAAGAGGGCACCUUGGAGGUACCAAAUGUAUACAUAUCUGUACCUAAUAGUACACAUGGGGACCUUUUUAAAGGGUAUUGCCCCAGUGACAGUGUAGCAAAUAACACGAAUAUUCAAAAUGUUGUACUACGCAUCCACCAGGCUGUUGGUUGAUUUUAGUAGACACUUUUGUAAUACAACCAAUGCGAGAAUCUCAAAACUAACCCAAAUACUGGUUGAUAUCAGCCUGGCCGAUAAACAGGAACAGACUAUCACUAAUGCAAUGUUAAUAAUGUUAAUAAUAAACAAAACAAGAAAGUGCUCCCGUAGUUUAUAACAACUACACCGGCCUUGGAGCUCCAGUAUCAUCACUGUGAACUGAUGCUGCAUGCAUUUAUCUCCAUUUCUUGUCACCACCCCAUCACUGCAUGUCACCUGUGGGCCACGAGAUGACAUCUGUCUUUAUGCACUGUGCCAAACUUGACUUCACUUGCUCAAUAAACACGAUAUGAUCACGUGUGUGCAAUAAAA